AUGUUUCAUUUAAUUUACAGAAACCUUGGAAAAUCUGGACUUCGAGUGUCAAAUAUUGGAUUUGGUACAUGGGUUACCUUUGGGGGUCAAGUCACAGAUGAGUCAUUACUUUCUUCAUUCCUAUUUUUUUAUUAUUUCCUCUUCAUUUGUUAUUUUUAUUUUUCAUUCAUUAUUUGUUCCUUUUCAUUUAUUCAUUUAUUACAUUUUGUUAUUCUUUUUCAUUCUCAUUAUCUCUUUUUCAUUCCUCAUUUUAUUUUUAUUUUUCAUUCAUUAUUCUCUCCUCUUCAUUUUCUCUUAAUUUCUCUUUCAUUAUUUUUAUUUUUCAAUUAUUAUUUCUUUCAUUCAUUCAUUUUUCUUUCCUCUCCAUUUUUUCAUUCAUCAUUAUUUCUUUCAUUGUUAUUCUUUUUUUUUUUCCUUUCUCCAUCUUCUUUUGCUUUCUGCUUCUUCCUCUAUGCUUUUUCUCCUAAUCUCUCUCUCUCUCUCUCUCUCUCUCUCUCUCUGAGCCAUUUUAUUUCUCUUUCUUUUCUUUUUCAUUUUUCUCUUUCUUCUUCUUUUUUUCAUUUUAACUCUACUCAUUCUGUUAUGUUCUCCUCCUUCCUUUUUCUCUUCAUACUCCUCUUCUUGCUUAACUAUCUCUCCUCCUUCUUUUCUUUCCACUUCCUUUUCUUUUUCUCUCUUCUUAUUUUUCUCUCUACCCUUUCCACUUCUCUUCCUUUUUUUAUCUACUUCACUUUUUCUUUUCACCUUUUUUCUUUAUUCCUUCUCCUUUCUAUUUCUUCCUCAGUUUUCUCUCCUUCACUCCUCUACAUUUUUAUCUACCCCAUCUUCUUUUUUCUCUCACCGCCUCCCUUUUAUCUUCAUCAACUCCUUUCAUUUUCAGCUUUUCUUUUUUUACUUCCCCAACUUUUACUAACAAAAUUCUGCUUUAUCUGA